AUGAAGCGCCGAACUCACGAAUCAGCUACACCACACAAUCCAGAGAUAUCUACCCCGUAUCGUGUUUUAAUAUAUAGUACAAAAGAAUAUGAUAAAUUAUCCUUCGACACAAAAGUGAAGGAUUUGAAACAACCUGAAAAAUAUGAAAUUCACUAUACUCACGAACGUCUGUCAAAAGAUUCCGCUAAAAAGGCGAAUGGGUACGAAUGUAUAUGCAUAUUUGUAAAUGAUGAUGGUUCACGUGAGGUUCUCGAAAAAUUGAAACAGAUUGGCGUUAAACUUAUUGUGUUACGCUGCGCUGGUUAUAAUAAUAUUGAUUUGAAAGCAGCCGAAGAAUUUGCUAUUGAAAUUGGAUACGUGCCUAGUUAUUCUCCCAAUGCAAUUGCUGAGCAUGCGGUUGCAUUGGUUAUGGCUCUGAAUCGUCGAUUACAUCGUGCGUAUGAUCGAGUUCGAAAUGGAGAUUUUCGACUUGAUGGUCUAGUUGGAUUUGAUAUGAAUGGCAAGACUGUCGGUGUACUCGGUACAGGUCGUAUUGGUCAAUUCGCCAUUCGAAUAUUCCGUGGUUUUGGUUGUCGAGUAUUGGCCUACGAUUUAUACAAAAUACAAGAUGAUGAUCGACAUGCCUUGGGUUUUGAAUAUGCAGAAUUAGAUGAUAUUUAUGCUCAAGCUGAUAUCCUUUCAAUUCAUUUACCGUUAGAUCACAAAACAAAACAUAUGAUCAAUGCACGAACGAUAGACAAAAUGAAGAAAGGUAUUAUUCUUGUCAAUACAGCUCGUGGUGGUUUGAUUGAUUCCAAAGCACUUCUUGACGCUUUGAAAUCUGGACAAGUCGCUGGUGCUGGUCUCGAUGUCUAUGAACAUGAACAUAAAUACUUUUUCAAUGACUUUUCUUCAACAAUUAUUGGAGAUGAUAUACUUUCACAACUAUUAUCCUAUCCAAACGUUAUUCUCACUGCUCAUCAAGCUUUUCUCACACAAGAAGCAUUGUGUUCCAUAGCGAAAACAACAUUAGAAAAUAUCUAUUCGUUUAUGACUAGCGGAAAGGUACUGAACGUACCAAAAACAUAA